AUGAAGUUGGAAUACCAACUUCAUUUGUUUGCAUUCUUUCUCCUAUUUGUACUUAUUUCAUCAUCACCUACAAAUCAAAAUCAACAUCAUAAUGAUUUUGAUAUGAGAUAUGAGGUUGUGAAGAGAUUGGUUCCUAAGGGUCCAGAUCCUAUCCAACCACCCUCAUCAAUAUCAACAGAUGAUUUCCAUAUGAGAUAUGGGGCAGUGAAGAGAAAAGUUCCUAGUGGUCCAGACCCUAUCGUAUCACCCGCACCACCCUCAGAUGAUUUUAAUAUGAGAUAUGGGGCAGUGAAGAGAAAAGUUCCUAGUGGUCCAGACCCUAUCGUAUCACCCGCACCACCCUCAGAUGAUUUUCAUAUGAGAUAUGGGGCAGUGAAGAGAAAAGUUCCUAGUGGUCCAGACCCUAUCGUAUCACCCGCAAGAAAAGUUCCUAGUGGUCCAGACCCUAUCGUAUCACCCGCACCACCCUUAGAUGAUUUUCAUAUGAGAUAUGGGGCAGUGAAGAGAAAAGUUCCUAGUGGUCCAGACCCUAUCGUAUCACCCGCACCAAAAGUUCCUAGUGGUCCAGACCCUAUCGUAUCACCCGCACCACCCUCGGAUGAUUUUCAUAUGAGAUAUGGGGCAGUGAAGAGAAAAGUUCCUAGUGUUCCAGACCCUAUCGUAUCACCCUCACCACCCUCAGAUGAUUUUCAUAUGAGAUAUGGCGCAGUGAAGAGAAAAGUUCCUAGUGGUCCAGACCCUAUCGUAUCACCCUCAUCACCCUGGUGA